UGGGCUGCGGGCCUGGCUUUCAGCCGGCGCGUGGCGGCGGGCGGGGUUCCGGGUCCAGCGAGGACCGUGGUAUUGGAACGCCCUGGAGGGGAGACGGCGCCCUAAAGGGCGAGAUGCUCCGGGAGCUACGGCUGCCGGGCACUGAGCUGGAGCAUCCUGUGCUGGGGCUGGACCGAACCUGGGAGAUGGCUUAAAGCUUGAAACUGAAUUAUUGGAUGGAAAAACCAAGCUAAUACUGUCUCCAUAUGAGCAUAAAUCAAAAGUUUCUGUGAAGAUGGGAAAUAAGAUCAAGAUUGCAAAAUGUCCUUUAAGAGCAAAACAGACUGGACAUACUUUAAAGUCAACACAAAAUACUUACAUUGGGAGUGAAAACCUUUCUCAAAAGAAGAUCUCUACUUCAGACACGCCACAAGCAAAACGUGAAAACAGUAGACUGACAUUUUCACCCAGUAUGGAUUUAUAUAAGCAGUAUUCAGAAAAAGACAGUGUCCAUGUUCAAAAGGAGAUUUCACCUACAACCUCUAACAUCCGGAAGGUUAUAAAUACUACAGAGACUUGUUCAGGGGCUAAACAGAAGCCGUGCACAAAACUCCCCACAACGGGAAACAUGAACAGCAGUUUGGUGUGUCUUACACAAGACCAGCUCCAGCAGAUCUUGAUGUUGAGUAUGAACCAGGGAAAUGGAUCUGAGUCCCUCACUGAGAGUGCAGAGAAGGAUGCAAGUCAAGAUAGUUUACAUUUAAUCAAUAUUCCUAGUCAGCCAAAGGAUGUGAAUGUCACAGGAUUACUGCAAAAUACGGAGGCCAUUUCCCCUGUCACAAGUGAACAUGAGCAUGUCCACCAGAGAGCUCAAGAGGCAUUUCAGCAGUGCGAGCCGAAAGCUGCCAUAGAGAAUGAAUGGAAACCCGCUGACAUAUUCAGUACUCUGGGGGAAAGGGAACGAGAUAGAAGUUUGUUGGAAGCAAGAAGAGCCCAGUGGAAGAAAGAGCUAGAUGAACAGGUUGCUUUAAAGAAGAAAGAAAAAGAAGCUUCUCACAAGUGGGGUAAUCCUUGGAAACCGUCUGAAAAGGUGUGUGAGGAGCUCCAAGUCCCUGAGCAGCCUAAGGAAGCAGGAAUGCUGGAGUCCUCUUGUAGUGCCAUUAAACAGGAGCAGCAGAGAAAAUGGAUUGAAGAAUUGAAUAAACAAGUUGAAGAUGACCAGCAAAGAAAAGCAGAGGAAAGAAUGAUGUAUUCAAAGGGUGAGGAACAUGACAGAUGGGCAAUGCAUUUUGAUUCAUUAAAGAGUCAUCCUGGUUCUCAGUCUCGGCUGUCCUCUCAGCUAACACACCAACACCUGGAGUCCCUCUGUGUGUCUCCUGACACUCAGGAACUGGCUGAUGUCAAUGAUGUUUACACAUCUCCACCUAGCGUCCAGGUGGAGCCUUCAGAGAAAAAACAAAGAGCCAGACCUGUUCUGGAUAUGGCUGUGUCACAUGGUCAGAAAACAAACUUUCUCCGUUCUAUGACUGCACUCUUGGAUCCAGCACAGAUUGAGGAGCGGGAACGACGCCGACAAAAACAAUUAGAACAUCAGAAAGCAAUCGUGGCUCAGGUAGAGGAGAACCGCAGGAAGAAGCGGCUGGAGGAAGAACAAAGAAAGAAGGAAGAGCAGGAACUGGAGCUGCGCUUGGCAAGGGAACGGGAGGAGAUGCAGAGGCAAUAUGAAGAGGACAUUCUUAAGCAGAAACAGAAAGAAGAAAUAGUGACUCUAAAGACAAAUGAGCUCUUCCACACAAUGCAGCGAGCUCAGGAGUUGGCACAGAGGCUCAAACAAGAGCAGAGGAUCCGAGAACUGACCCAGAAGGGGCAUGACACAUCCAGGCUGAUUCAAAAUCUUGGUGCACAAGUGGAGUAUAAGCCAUCCGCUCCCAUCUCCAGUUCCUGCGAUGAUGCUGAGGAAGUUGGUGAUGAAACGACUUCAGCAGUCUCUCCCAAGAAGGACACGGGCGUGCAGACAGAUGACGUAAAUUUAGGAAUUUUCAAUGAUGUGCUACCACACUGUGGACCAGUAACAGAGAAGGGUAUUAGAAACUUUUCUUCUCCAGAGAUUUCUGCAGAAUUCAGUGGACAGAUUGGCAUUAGAAAAGAGAAGCAAGAACUAAGUAUGGACAAAGGCACUAAUUUAGACAAAGAAAAUAGCUGGUAUAAUGGCCAGUGUAAUCAGAAUAAAAGAACAGAGAAACAAACAAAACUCAUCAAGAAAUGUCCUAAGAAGCCUGCUUGGAAUAUAAAUAAGCCUCUCAAAAGGUACGUUCCUGCAUCAGCAAAAUACCCUACACAUCUCCAGAAGGAGAAAGAAGAAAAAAAGGUAAGAAGGCAGAUGGAGCUGCUCCACUUAGUGGAGAGAAACAAUCCUGAGAAUCUCUCCCAAAAUAGAGGCACUUCACCAGAAGUUCCUGCUUCAUCUCAUCGAGAAACUGAGUCAGACAGCAGGUUGCAUCUUAUCAAAAAGGUAGAAGAACCUCUGAAAACUCCUUCAGUUAGUAAAGAAAGGUUUCAGACAUCACCAGGAGUAAAAAGCAGAACUCAACAAACUCAGAGUAAUGUAUUACAUUUACCGCUAAAAAACAGUGACUAUGAAAAAGAGACUCUGACCUUAGGAGAUGGUCAUACUAAAUUAUCAAAUGAGAUGUCUGAGCCAUCCCAUUUUAUUCCCUACGUUCGAACAAAUGAGAUCUACUACCUUGAUCCAGAUGCUCCCUUGUCUAGGCCUUCAACCCAGGACAACCAAUACCAAAAAUCUCAUGAUUGUGCCCGAGAACAAGAGCUAUUUGAGUCUGACCAUAUCAGGGAUCCACUUCUUAAUCCUAAAUUAGUGAAAAACAGGGACCGACAGCAAGCUAUCCUUAAGGGGCUUUCAGAACUAAGACAGGGUCUUCUCCAGAAACAAAAGGAGUUGGAAACGAAUCUCAUACCCUUAACUGCAAACCAAGAAGAUAAUUUUAGUUCUUCGUUUUAAAUAUGCUCACCACGCAACAGCAUUUCUUAAGCAUCCAAUGAAAAACUUCACAUUAUGUAGUAGAAAUGAUGUAUUUUCUAAGUACAAUAAAAAAGUUUAUAGUUAAAAAAAAAAUCUCUGCUGUAUUAGGGUGUAAAGUACUUUCUACUUACCACAGUAGAAUCUGGAGAUUUCUGACCUGUUAACAGCACUGCUCAUUUAUUCUGUUAAAAUUUCUUUUAGGGCAUCAAAAGUACUAUUAGCACAAAGAUAGAUUCUUACUGAAAUAAUACAAGUUCAUUUCACUCUGGUUUUCCUCUUCACAUUAAAGUGGAGAUUCUAGUUAUUACAAUUUUGAAGUUAGCAUUAGUAACAGUAGGCAAGAGAUAAGAGUUUAAAAAUCUAUCUCCACCAUAUACUUUUUGUAUACAUUUAGUAUAACACUAAAGUACUACCAAGUUCUAAUUAAAACCACUUCAAGAUCUGUCCCAAAUUAUCCAAUACUAUUGAAAAGAUAAGCCCCAUUUUUAAAAGUUCAUUUAACUAAAGGAUCACACAAAAUAGUAUUUAUCAAAGAUCUCAAAAAAAGUUAACCAAAAUUUAAGUGAAGCAAAUUUUUUCACAGCUAAACCUUAAGAUUGAGAAAAUGCUGCUUAGUAUUAUGUACAGAGGUCUACUACCUAGAAUGUAACUGUACUGUUAGGUAUAGCUUGAGGUACUGAGCCAAAAUCCUAUAAAUAUUUACAUUGCUGACUUAUACCUGUGUAAAAACACUAUACAAAAGCUUUAAUCAAAAUAAAUAGUUGACAUCUCAGCAAAAUUAGUUAUCUGACAUUAAGGAAAGUCAUUACUAUUUACCAUUCUGUUAUAAACAUCAAAUUUUACAUAUAAAACAGACUUCAAUUUGAAGCCCAAGUACAGGUAACAAUUGUAAAACUGAAAGGUGCUAACAUGAGAUAAUCUGAUUACAAUACAUCAAAAAAUUUUUUUCACUUUUCAGAUGCUUUAAAUGUUAUAGGCCAUCAUGAUUUAAAUAAACAGCAAAGAAAAAAAUUUCAGAAAGGCCAAGAGACUUGUUUAUAAAUCAUCAAUUCACUUUUAAGAAACUGAAAAAAAGUCCACAACAACCUAUUUUUUUUUAAUUACUGUAAUUUCUCUUUGAACACAUCCUUAACUUAACAGAGAUUUCUCUGUAUCCAAGUUUUUGUAAGCAGAUAAAAAGUAACUUUCAUUUUCUUGAGACUGAGUUGAUGAAAGGGCAUAUGGUGUUCCCAGAAACGUCUGAUGCGUGAGAACAUUAAAAUGACUAAACUGAUGGGACAUUUUUAAUUGAUUUUGGUAAGCCUGAAAGUUGCUAUAUGAAUCUUGUUCUGCUGAAUUGCUGUUUUCUCCUUCAGAGCAUACUCUAUCAAUAGGAGCUCUCUCUUCACAAUUAAUUAAAUAAGUCUUAUCUUCUAAUAAACUGUUUUGCACAUCAAGAGA